CCGUGCCCCCGCUAAAGGAGGCAGGAGCGGGGCGGCGCGGCAGUGCGCCCCGAGCCGCGCCCGCAGCCCCGACAGAGCCUCCGGAACCGCGCCGGGAGCGAUGCGGGGCGCCGCGGAGGAGGCAGGGCCGGCGAGCGCAGCCCCCGCGCAGCUGUGAGCCGCCGGCGGUCCAUCGGAGCGGGCACGGCCGCUGCGCACACACACGCGUAUACAGCCGCCGUGUCCGACAGUACCGCCGCUCCGCUUUCCGCCCCGGCAGGCAGCGUCCGCCGAGGCGCAGCCCCGAUGCCCGGCGGGACGGCGGGGCCGCCGCUCGGGCGCGUAGCUCCUCGCUAGAGGCGGCGGCCCCCACGGGCUGGAUGCGCGUCGCCGGUGCGGGCGGCACCCCCGGGCCGGCUGCCGGGGCCCCGCGGCUCUAGGGGCCGUCCGGGCCCCCAGCCCCCGGCCGGCGGCGGCACGGGGAUGCUGGCGCUGGGGCAGAUGGACGGCGCGCCCCGGCAGGGCGCCUUCCUGCUGGGCAGCCCGCCGCUGGCCGCCCUGCACAGCAUGGCCGAGAUGAAGGCACCGCUGUACCCCGCGUACCCCCUGCCCGCCGGGCCCGCCUCCUCCUCCUCCGCCUCCGCCUCGCCCGCCUCCGCCUCGCCCUCGCCACCGCUCGGCUCCCCGGGCCUCAAGGCGCCCGCCGCCGCCGCCGCCGCCGCGGGCGGGCUCUCGGCGCUGGGCACGGCCCCGCCGCAGCUCUCGGCCGCCACCCCGCACGGCAUCAACGACAUCCUCAGCCGGCCCUCCAUGCCCCUGCCGGGCGCCGCGCUCGCCUCCGCCUCGCCCUCCGCUUCCUCGGCGGCGCCCGCCGGGCUGCUGGCCGGGCUGCCCCGCUUCGGCAGCCUCAGCCCGCCGCCGCCGCCGCCGCCCGCCCUCUACUUCAGUCCUGGCGCCGCCGCCGCCGCCGCCGCCGUGGCCGCCGGGCGCUACCCCAAGCCGCUGGCCGAGCUGCCGGGCCGGACGCCCAUCUUCUGGCCGGGGGUGAUGCAGAGCCCGCCGUGGAGGGACGCCCGCCUCGCCUGCGCCCCCCAUCAAGGCUCAAUUUUGCUGGAUAAGGACGGGAAGAGAAAACAUACAAGACCCACUUUUUCUGGCCAGCAGAUUUUCGCUCUGGAAAAGACUUUUGAACAGACGAAAUACCUGGCGGGCCCGGAGCGAGCCCGGCUGGCGUAUUCCCUGGGGAUGACGGAGAGCCAAGUCAAGGUCUGGUUCCAGAACCGACGGACCAAGUGGCGGAAGAAGCACGCAGCGGAGAUGGCGACGGCAAAGAAGAAGCAGGACUCGGAGACGGAGCGGCUGAAGGGCGCCUCGGAGAACGAGGAGGAGGACGAUGACUACAACAAGCCCCUGGACCCCAAUUCGGACGAUGAGAAGAUCACGCAGCUCCUGAAGAAACACAAGCCGGGGGGCGGAGGGCUGUUGCUGCAUCCCCCGGAGGGAGAGGCCUCUGUCUAGCCUGCUUCGCCCUCCGCCGCGUUCGGAGAUGUACAGAUCUAUUUUUCUAGACUCUACGCGCCCGGAGGAGGAGCAGACGCCGCAGGGAGCGCAGAGAGGACUGCGGGCCCCGGCGGGCCCGGCGGGCGCCCCCGCUCCCCGCGCCGCGCGUUGUUGCCGUGGGGCGGCGGGCGGAGCGGAGCGGCGGGGCUGGCCCGAGCCCGGCCCCGCUCCGGCCGGGCGGCUUUGCCGGCUCUUUGUAAAUAAACCGUGAGUCACCGCGACCGUAGGCGUUCCUUACUGUGAAUAUUUAAAAUGUAAUAUACAUUCUUUUUUUUGUUGUUGUUUUUUGUACAGCGGGGGCCGAGGGCGCAGCGUCCCGCCCGCCCCACUCUCUCCGGCAGCACCAGGGGCACCGCCGAGGAAACGCCGCCGGUUCCUCCCUCGGGCCGAAACUGCGGCGGCCCCGCGUGCUUUUUAUUAGUAUUUUUGAAACACUUUCUGUUGCGGUCGUCGUGC